AUUGCCAUUUCUACCCCUCAGUUGUUGAUACCACCUUCCUUGUUUCCAUGGCUGUCACGCGGGUGGCAUGCCACCUAUUGAACUUGGUUCAACCGGUAUCGGUCAUAAUGCCGGCGUGAAAACCACAUGUAUGAUUAGCAUAAUCCAUUUACGAUCUCUAAGUAAAAUGACAUCGUUUUAGUGAAUUUAACUAAUAAAAAAUCACUUAUAAUUUAUUUUAUGAGUUUAAAAGUUAAAUAUUGAUGUUAUUUGUUGGAUUCAAACAUAAACAUUUAGAUAUGAAAGUUAAAAAUAUUGUAUUUAAAUAUGAGUAUUUGUAAUUUUAUUAGGAAUGACACAUUCUAUUUAAAUAUCAAUAUGAAUUGUAAGUAAAUUGUCUUCAAAUAAGUUUUAUAUAUGAUUAAAUUCAUUUAUUCUUAAUGAGUUAUCACAUUUCUACAUAUUUUUAUUAACAAUGACAUUAACAAGCACACAUAGAUUGUACCACUAGACGAACCAUUCCACUUACUAGGGGGUGCAAAUUCGAGAGAUGGGGUACAAACUGAGGUGCAAAUUAAGAUGAGCCAAUUAUAUGAGGGUGCAAAUUGUGAUGUAAAUUGUUGUUUGAGAAAAAAAAGUGGGAGUGUGCAAAAUGAGGUGUUAACAGUUUUUAAGAAUUAUUACUACAAAAAUAUAUAAGAAAAUUAAUAAAAUAACUAAAAAAGAGACCCAUCACCAAUCUCUCUCAUCUCUUUUCUCUAUCCGUCCCAACAUCUCCCUCAUUUCCUUGUUCGGCCCCACGUGCUCCCCUUCCCUUCUUUCUCCUUCUCUCUAAUCGACCCCAUCACCUUCCCCCUUCCCUUUUAUUUUUGUUGCACCCAGAUUUGGCGGGUGUAGUGAAAUAGUAACUUUGCACCUACUUUAGUUACCCUCAACACUAAUCAAAGUUAUCCAAACAUGUGCAUUUUCAUCAAUAUUGCCACUUACCCCAGCAUUUUGCUCCCCCUCCCACUUACCCCAACUUCCCAAACACAGUGUAAGAAGAUGCAAGGGUAUAAAUCGGUUUGACAACCUUGCUUGUUUCCUAUCCUUUAAGCAUCUAGAAUCACCAGAACGAUGACAUAAUCAAGUAGCUAAAAGCAGUGGUCCCACAUAGACACACCCAUGAAGUAAGUCCAACCACACUGUACAUAUUCUCUCUCCCUCUCGUAGACAAUAACGAUGAACACGUCAUAACCCAAUCUUCCCCCGUAAGGUCGUAACAAAAUUAAACAAAGAAGUGGGACCCAUCUCAACCAAGCUCCGUAGUUCUGCCGAAUUCCAAAGGACAUUCUUGUCAAGCUCGUGGCGCAUAAAAAGUGAAUUAAUAAAUUUAAAAAUUGAAAAACUUCCCAUUUCCCUUUACUUAAAGAAAUUGUUUCCACGCUUCUCUCUUAUGAGGCCCAUAUUCCAUCGCCAUUACUGACCUCUCGAUCUCAUUUACUCUUCAUAUCCUUUCAUUCCCCCCCCCCCCCCCCCCCCCUCUAGCGAUCCCCCACACGUUGUGAAAUCUUGAUAAACCACCGCCACAAUCGGUCGGAAGAGGAAGAAAGGUGGAGUCGGUGAAGAAGGAGAAGCAGAUGGCACAGAAGACGGAGAAAGAAGAGACGGAGUUCAAGGUACCCGAAACCUUGACCUCUUGCAUGGACAAUUGUGGCGUCACCGGGAACCCCGCCUCCAAUAACAUGUGUCAGACAUGUUUCACGGCGACCACCGCCACUGUCGCCUCGUCAUCCUCAUCGUCAGCGGCCUCCUCCCUCGCGACGAUCCUGAAUAGCUCAUCGUCCGCAUCAACGAUAACAACCACAACGAUGAUGACAACGAAAAGCCGAGUUUCUGUCGACAUAUCGCCGAGAUCUAGCUUACAUCGAUCCCCCACGCGAGAUCCCCCUCCGGAGACGAGUCCGGAUGUGGACAUGUCAUCAGAUCAGGAGAAAUUGACCUUGACGAGGAAGGCAGUGAGUCGGUGCUCCGGUUGUCGGAGGAAGGUCGGGUUGAUCGGGUUCCGGUGUCGGUGCGGGGAGCUAUUCUGCUGGGAGCACCGGUACUCCGAUUGCCAUGACUGCAGCUACGAUUAUAAAUCAGUCGGCCGGGAGGCCAUCGCGAGGGAGAAUCCUGUCGUUAAGGCUGCCAAGAUCGUCAGAGUCUGAAUUGGAGAAAAAUAAAAAAACAAAUUGCGGCAAAAUCAGGAAAAAAAAAACAAGAUCGAGUCUCUCGAUCUGUAAAGCCUGUUCUUUUGCUUCUCCUCUCUUCUCUCUUAGCAGAUAGAUCGUGGAAAGAGAUAAAGAUUGAAGAAGGAAAGAACUUCCAGGGCUUGUUGCUGAUAGAUCCGCCAUUAAAAUUCUUCUCUUGGAGUUCCUGUCAUCCACAUCUUCUAUAGAAAAUCUUCUUUCCUUUUUUCUUCUUCUUUGGCUCUUUUUAAUUUUCAGAAUUAUAAGAUUAAUAUUAUGGAUUAAUAUCAAGAUCAUUGUGAUUGUGUGUUUUCGUAAUCGUCUUCUUCUCGAUUUUGUUAAUUGUUUUCCAGUUUUCGGUUUAGAGAAUGGCAUAGCGUUGUAAAUUCAUGGAACUCGGAUGGCUUUUAUAUAAAGAAGGAGCAGGCCAGGUAAAGGAGAGGAAAGGAAGGAAAUUAUGUUUGAAAUGUUCUUCUCACGUCAUAUCGCGAGAUUUUCUUUGGGGUUGAGUGCGGAGGAAGGGGAAAGGUCCAAAAAGUCGCGCGAUAAGUUUUUAUUUUCUUUGUAUUAUUAUUACUAGAUUGGUGUCCAACCCGUUGGGCAUCAUGUAGGGAUGGCAACAAAAUCCGAACCCACGGGUACCCUACCCCGUUCCAACCCGAUUAACGCGGGUAAAACCAGUGUUGACAAGUUUUGGGUCGAGUUUGGGUUUAAACCAGUUCACUAUUCACCAGAUUGGGUUGGGUUUGGGUUUAGGUAUCCCAUGGAUACCCGCCCACACCCAUAUAAUUAAUUUUCCUGGUAUAUUUAAUAUUCUUAACAACUAAUCUUUUUUUAUGUUUGCAGAGACAUGUCUAAUUUUUUCUUUCUAAUAGUGUAGAAUGAAGUUUAUAUUACGGAGUGGAGAGUGAAGAAGCUUAAUUGACAAGGAGGAAAAAGCUUUCAAUUAAUCAUGUUAUUUAUGGAUAAUUUGUGAUUUGCUUUGAGUUUUCUAGAUUGGUGUUGAACAAUUUGUAUGGUUAAUUUGUGAUUUGCUUGAAUUUUCUAGAAUGGUGUUUUGUAUAUGGAUAAUUUGUAUUGAGAGAUUGUUAUUUGACUUUUAUUUUGAUAGAAACUUGUUAUUGUAAUUUUUUUACGACAAAUACUCAUGGAUACCAAUGAACCCGCGGAUACCUAGGGGGCGGGUUGGGUUUGAGUUUUUCAAACCCAGUGGAUUUUACCCCGGAUUUUUUUCACGGAUAAACCCAUGGGUUUGAGUUUGGCAAAACCCGACCCAACCCGACUCAUUGCCAUCCCUAGUGUUAUCUCAUUUAAAUACAAACAUAUUCAUCAAUGUGUAUCUAAAUUUUUCAAAUUAUUUGAAAUGCUAAAUUUUGUAUGACAUUUAAGGUGACAUCCAAAUUAUUUUUCCAUUUUUGAAAAUCUUAUAACUUUUCAUCAAUGAUGAACAUUGUAAUCUUAAUAAUUAUAACCAAAGUUGUCAAACCGGUUUAAGUUAUUGAUUCGGUCAAACCGUGGGAGGCUACUUGCGUGACACAAAACCCGCUCGCGCAGGAUAUCAAGACGACAGCAUCUCGUGGCCGCAAUACAAUCAAAGGACGCCG